AUGGAGCCUGCGGAAGCUGCGAGCGAGUGCGCCGACUCGGAGGAGAUACGCCUUUUCCAUGCCUCCGCCGGCAAUGGUCAGUGGCCGGAGGUCUUUGGAUGCUCAUGGCUGCUCCCUGAUUGGGCACUCCUUUUUGCACGCUCCAGCGUUGCGGUAUUUUUGUCCAUCACGUUGGUGCUGGAUGGGCUCACGACGAAAGAUGGUUGGAGGUUUUUCAUCUACCUCACACGCUGGAGCUUUAUUUUGGAGACCUUGUACUUUUGCGUCGCUGUCUACGUGACCUUCAAAGCUCGUACCUUGAAGAGGCUUUCGAGCGAAGCGCUGACCCCGGCACAGGAGCAGAGUCGACUCCCCAAAUCGGUCCGAUUGAUGUCCUUGCUCUGGACCUUGACCUUUCCGAUCUCCGUGCUCGUUUGCUUGGCUUUUUGGACACUGAUCAAUCCGGUUUGGGAUCAGAAGAUGCGACCGGGCUUUGUCUUGCUCACCGAGCACUUUGUGAACAUGUGGAUUUUCAUCUUCGAAUUUCUCAUCAACCGGAACACGUUUUACCUGAAGCAUGGGGUCAUCAUCUACGCCUAUGCCCUCUUGUACAGCCUUUGGAGCGUCAUCCAUUUUCUCGCGAAGGUCGGAGUCUCUCCAGAUAUGGCAUGUCAUGACUACCCGUUGGAUGAGUGUCCCAUUUAUCCUGUGCUGGAUUGGCAUCAUCCGGCAAGGACUGUGGUGGUGGUUCUGGGAGUCUGCUUGAUGACAGUGCUCCUCCAGCUGGUUCUAUGGAAGUGCACGCGCCUGCGCGAUCGACGCUUUAAGGAAAGUGGAUUCGCGUUUGGGACGCCCUACAACCACCUGCGGUACCGCUACCCUGAGACCUGGAGGAGGCUUUCGAGAUCCACUAGUGAGAGGAGAAGAACAGCGACACCAAGCCUCGCAAGUCGCCCAGGCAUCCGAGCGGCAAGAGAACAUCUGGAUGGCGCCCCGGAGGCUCCGAACCGCCUGGUCGGCCGUAGGCCUCCAGCUGCACGAAGUCGACCUGAUCGAAGCUGUGAAGUUGGGCCUCACCACCAGGCGAAACGCCACAGCACCCUGGCGAAAAACAUUGGCGUUUCUGACAUUGCCGAGGGCCGCAAAAACCGUGCGGAGGAGAACGCCUCGUACGUGGAACUGCCUAGUCUGGAGAACCUGGAUGCCUUUGCGCGACGGGUCUAUUGCUGCCUGCCUUUCCUCCUGGUGACCAUCGUGCCCUUCUUCGCCGCAUUCUAUGCCCUCAUCCCUGAGGCCUCGACAGUGCCAUGGUGGGUCUUCCUGGUGGGCGCUGGUGGCUGGUGGCUGGCGUUGCUUCUGAGAUUCCCGGUGAUUCUGGGAUCCAAGGCGGCAUUGAAGAACAACUCCAAUGCCCAGUCCUUAUUGCAGACCAUCACAGUGCUCAUCUCAGGACCUGCGGAGGAGGCGAUUCGCAUCGCUUUCAUCUUUGCUUUUGGCUGGUCCUUAAAGGUGCCCCACAUCUUCGCGCUAGGCUUGGGUUGGACCAGCUUGGAGCUCCUCUUCACCCUGGUGCAAUGCCUGGCCACGAUUCAGCUGCUCCGCGGAGUCCAACAGGGCGACGCCAAGGCUGUCGAGGCCUUCCAAGUCCUGGCGGCCCAAACGGGCCGCAGCGAUCCCUUGUCGGUGGACCCUUUCUGGGGUGUUUUGGAGCGGUGCAGCGCGCAUCUCAUCCACAUCGCCAUGUCACUCUACGGCGCGGUGUCACCCUGGAUCUUCCUGGCCACUGCGCCCGCGCACUCGCUGUUGAACUGGGGCACGGUGAGUCUCAUGCCCAGGAUGGGAGCAAUGGCUGUGGAACUGCUUCUCUUCACCGUUGCAGCUGCUUCACUGUGUGGUGCGCUGGCGAUUUGGGACCUUCUACCACCAUGA